AUGAAGAAGAAGACGUCAGAGGAAGAUCUACCUUCGCUUUCUACUGAAGGUAAGCAGCAGAUGAAUUCGUUGAGCCCGGUUCGAGAUGGUGAUCCACUUCACCUGGUGGACGAAGAGAUGGAUAUGAAUACGGCUACGCUUGCUGAGAAAGAUAAUUUUCAAGCUUCUGCUCAAUCUCAUUGGGUGAAUCUUAGAGAUAAGCUUCUUAUCAAUGAGGCGACUAAGCUUCAUUAUGAGGAGCCAAUUAUGAAAAAUGGAAAGAAAGUAGCUCAAAUCGAUUUGGCUGAGGUUGCAAAACAGGCUCAAAAUUGGAACUCAGCUGUGAUAUGUAUGGUAUUGGGAGCCAAUCCCCCAUUUGCUGUGUUUGAAGGCUUUGUAAAACGAAUUUGGGGUCACCUGGAUAUUGAACGGGUUGUGAGGAUGCAUAUGGGACUUACCAUUGUCAAGUUCAAUGAUGGGGCUACUAGAGAUUUUGUUUUGGAGAAUGGCAUUGCGCAGUUCGACAAGAAGCCAGUGUUAGGAAAAUAUCCAGUUAUUGUGCGACCUUGGACUCAAGAUCUAGACACUAUCAGGUUAGUCCGCUCUGUACCUCUGUGGAUCCGACUGCCUAAUUUAGGUCUGCAAUAUUGGGGGAAAAAAUGUCUAAGUUCCUUGGUUAGUACAAUUGGAAAACCUAUUAUGGUGGACAAGUUUAUAAAGGAUAGGUAUGUGAUUAGGUUUGCUAGAGUUCUUGUUGAAAUGGAGAUUACUAAUGACCCUCCAUUUAUCAUACAUUUUGUCAAUGAGCGUGGACAGAUUCAAGAACAGUUUGCUGAAUAUGAAUGGCUCCCCAUAAAAUGCAAGAAUUGUAAGGGCUUUGGUCAUAAUGUAGCUGAUUAUGCCAAGGCCAAUAUAGGAGAAACAUUUGGUGUUAAUGUGGCUACUAAAGUAGUGGAAGCAAAGCAAAAUGAAUCUGGGAUAGAUAUUCGAGAGGCUGCUGAAACUCAGGGUAGUUCACAGGUCCAUCUUAUAUCACGUACUCAGGCUAAUAAAGAGAACUGGGAAGUCCCUAAGAAAGUUGGGAACUCUAAGAGUAGAGGCAAGACUGUGAGCACAAAUUUGGACAGCAAACAGAAUGUGUUCAAGGUUCUUCAAGAACAUGAAGCAAGGGAGAAAAAUGGUUGGAAUGUAAGGGGUAUGAAUAAGAGAGACAAACAACAUGCUAUUCUGAGUCUCUUAAAGAUGAAUAAAGUGGGUAUUUGUGCUUUAUUAGAGAAUAAAUUAAAGAAGGAUAAGGCUAAUGAUAUGAUGAAUAAAGUGUUCUUUGGCUGGGAUCACUAUAGCAGUACGGUUACAGAGGGCAUAUUACUGGUUCUUUGGAGGAAGUCUUUUGUCAAGGUUCAGGUAUUGUUGGAACACCAGCAAUUUAUACACUGUUUGGUUAGAUUUUCUAGCUUACAGCUGGAAAUAGUUAUCACCUUUGUUUAUGGUUUUAACUCUUUGGUUGAGAGAUUGGGAGGGAAGAUGAUUAGUGCUAAUGAGAUUCUUGACUCUACUGCUUGGCUAGCUUGUUCUCAGCUGGCUUCUCUCAAAUUGGAUAGACACCUUGCCGAAUUGAAUUCUAUUGCAGAGCUUCAGUGGGAAGUGCAUUCAGAUCAUUGUUUUUUUCUCAUUAGGACUCUUAAGAAUGGGAAUCUGGGCAUAAAACCUUUUCGAUUCUUUAAUUGCUGGAUUGCUCACAGCAGGUUUAAAGAGAUAGUUAUGGACAGUUGGCAUAAGCCUAUGACAGCAGGGGGCUUAUUGGGAGUGACUAAGAAACUGCUAAGGCUGAAACAUGUCUUGAAAGUUUUUAAUAGGAAGAAAAUUGAAGAUAUUGAACAAGGUUAUCAUCUUGCUAAGGGAGUCUAUCAGUUGGCUUUAUCAAAAGCUCAAGAUUCUCCUUCAGAUGCUACUGCUCAGAAGGCUGAAAAAAGAGCUGCGAUUGGCUAUAAAGAACAUUAUGCUCGAUACAGAAGUUAUUUGAUUCAGCGCAGCAAGGUUACAUGGCUUCAGAAGGGUGAUGAAAAUAACUCGUAUUUUCAUGCUUGCAUCAAAAAAAGAAGGGAGGAGAAUCGUAUUGUUUCUUUUAUGAAUGACCAAGGGGACAUUAUUGCUGAUUAUAAUGUAGUAGUGCAUCACUUCCUAGACCAUUUCAGAAGCUAUAUGGGCAGUCACAGUUCUACUACAAGUUUGGAUAAUACUGAUUGCAUUGAGUUGGGGCCUUGCUUAGAUAUUGAUAUGCAGCUGGGAUUAAUUAGAAAGUUUACGAAAGUUGAUGUCAAGAAAGCUUUGUUUAGCAUUCCGGGUAUAAAAAGUCCAGGCUUGGACGGUUACAAUUCAGAAUUUUACAAAGCUAUGUGGAAGCAAAUUGGAGAUGAUAUAUCAGCGGCAGUGCUGGAUUUUUUCUCUUCUGGGAAGAUACUUGCUGAGCUCAAUAAAACAGUGCUGGCUUUAGUCCCAAAAAUUGAAAUCCCUAGCAGGGCGAUAGAUUAUAGACCCAUAGCUUGCUGCAAUACUCUUUAUAAAUGCAUUUCUAAAAUGCUUUGCAGUAGGCUUUCAGAAGUUUUACCCACUCUAAUUAAUCCCAAUCAGGGUGCCUUUAUUAGAGGGAGAUCACUAGCUCAUAAUAUUCUAAUUUUUCAGGAUUUGAUUAAGAAUUACAAUAGAAGGAAUACUUCCCCAAGAUGUGCUAUGAAGAUAGCUCUUAGUAAGGCCUACGAUACAGUUGACUGGGGUUUUUUUGGAGAGGUUAUUAAUCUGCUUGUGAUUUCCUACCAGGUAUUUGAUGACUUUUGCAACAGUACUGGAAUGAAGGCCAAUCUCAGUAAGUCUCAAGUAUUUUUUGGUGGUAUUUCAGCUCAAGACAAGGUUCAGUUACAACAGCUUUUACAACUUGCAGAGGGCACCUUCCCUCUCAAAUAUCUUGGGAUUCCUAUGAGACCUACAAAGUAG